AUGCCGGCGGCGGCUGCGACGACGCGGCGGGACAUUGCGCACAGCGGGCACGCCCGGCGGGUGGCCGUGCUCCGCUGCCUGGUCGCGUCGCUGGUGGUCACCGUCCUCCUCGCGGGGCUCGCCGUGCUCAUCUUCUGGCUGGUGGUCCGGCCGAAGCCCAUCGACUACGCCGUCACCCGCGCCGUCGUGCGCCACUUCAACGUCACGCCGCCGCCCGGCGCCACGGUCAACGCGACGUUCUACCUCACCUUCGCGGCGCGCAACCCGAACCGGCGCGUGUCCAUCCUGUACGAAUGGGUGGAGUUCCGCGUGCUCUACGGCGAGUCCGCGCAGCUCGCGCUGCAGGACGCGCCGGCGUUCCGGCAGCCGCGGCGCAACGAGACGCGGCUGGACGUGCGCGCCGUGGCGCGGUCGGCGCCCGUCGGGGAGCAGGCCGCGCGGGAGCUGCGGCACGACCUCGCGGCGGGCGAGGUGGGCGUCGACGUCCGGAUGCGCGCGCGCGCCCAGUUCAAGGUCGCCGGCGUCAGGUCCAGGCACUACAGCCUGGAGGCCUUCUGCUCGCCCGUGGUCGUCGGCCUGUCGCCGUCGGCGGCGCGGUCGUUCCAGAGCGUGCCGUGCGACGUCGCCAUCUCGUGAGGGAGGCGACAUGCUUUGCAGGAUCACUAGCUGAGCGUGGUGUGCUGUAAAAAAGCUUGGCUGCUUGGAUGUUGGAUCAAUGGUUUGUUAGGCUUAUUAGAUGUUUUGACUCCUGAGAUGUGCCAAUGCUGCCUUCUUUCCCUUUUCGUUUUCCAAAUCGGUGUGCUUGCUGAGCUUUUUGCCACGUUUGAUAUAUUAUCAUGGCUUGAUGUGAG